AAAUUAUGAAAUAAUUAGAAGACAACGUCGUUCCAUCCGCUUCCAAAAUUCUAUCAGAGCCGGACAAGCUGACACCCUUGUCCAAAUCCACCGCAUAUCCAAAUCCACCGCAUAUAUUGAUUUAAGCAGGAGGAGGAGACCUAAAACAAAAAAAAGAGAAGAGGAUGGCCGGCGUCGUCCCCAAAUCCUUCCAAAUCCCAAAUCCAUCGCUCCCUUCCGCCCUCAAUUCCUCUCCACUUACCACCAGAAGAAGAAAACCCCUCCCCCUCGCACCUCACGCGCUCGCCGACGAUCCCAAGCCCGACCAAGACUCCUCCUCCUCGGCUGCCCCCGCCGAACCUCCGGCAUCCGCCACCGCCGACCCCACCUUCGAGAACCGGCUGGCCCGGGUCCGGCUCAAGUACCGGAGCGGCACGGGGAAGAAGGCGGAGCAGCGGCGGGCCAGGAAGUCCGGCGGCGGCGGAGGCGGCGGCAAAAAGAAGGUGAUGCUGCCGCCGGUGCCGCUGAAGGAGGCGGUGGCGGCGGGGGGGCUGACUGUGGAGGCGGGUUUCAGCCCCUACAGCGAGCGGCUUAACGGGAGGCUGGCCGGGCUGGGCCUGGCGGCGCUCCUGCUGGUGGAGCUGGGCUCCGGCCGGUCCCUCCUCCGCUACCACUCUCCACCCAUCCUCUUCAUCCAGCUCUACUCCAUCGCCGCCGCCGCCGCCCUCUUCAUCAAGUUCGAGAAGGAGCGCAUCAGCGUCUGGCCCUCGAAGCCGCCGCCGUCACCGUCGUCGUCUGCCACCGCCGCCGAUUGAUCCGCCGAUGGUUUCCACUUUUCUAGAUUUUAUAUUCUGUUCUCCCUUUUGUUUGGAUAAAUUCUAUGUUGAGUAAAUUCCUUAAUCUGAUAUUAUAAUUAUAAUACUUGUUUUAAGUUUCCACCAGACAUUGUUGUUGUUGUUGUUAUAAAAUCCCCUACUUUGAGGUUUCUAA